AUGGCUGCCAACACUACCCACAGAAACCACAAUAUCACAGGCGAAGACGACGAGAUGCCAGUUCCUGCCUCCCACUGUAUUCCAUGGCUUUUUGUGCACAUCACUGAAUGUCUGGCCAUAGCCAUCUUUAAUAUAAUCACCAUUAUUGUAUUUGUGAAACAGCGCAAGCAGUUACAGCGCCGAAGUACAUACUUGAUCAUCCAUCUAGCGGUAGUCGAUCUCUUGGCCGGGGCAGUCUCAGGGCCUCUUCAGAUUGAAUGGAGAAUGGCAAAGUUUUGUCAAUUGUGGAAUUUUAAUCUUGAUAUUUCUUUACUUCGCUUAAAAGCCGCGUUAGGAUUUUUUCCCGUUGCAUCGCUCAUCAAUCUCGCUGUUGUUUCUUUGGAGCGACUGCACGCAACAUUUUGUCCAUUUAACCAUCGUUUUAUGGCAAAUUGGGUUUAUGGAGCAAGUAUCAUUGUCUUCUGGGUCAUUAUAGCAAGCAUGCAAGCAACUGAACAACUGAUCGUUUCAAACAACCUAAGCUACUACAUCUUUUAUUUUUUAUGUUUCUUCAUUCCUCUCUUCACCAUUUUAAUUUCUUAUGCCAGUAUCUUUUUCAAAGUCCGCUACUGUCGUCAUCUUCAACAUCUCGGGGCAGCUGUCCAGAGGGAUAGAAAACUAACCAGAACCUUAUUUCUUGUCACUCUCGGAUCAUUGUUCACUUGGUUACCACUGAUAACAUACCAAUGUCUACUCAUUUUUCAUCCUGAGUUACAUAUAACUUUCGAGUCAGAAUUCCAUGUUGAUAUGUUAUGGCAGACUAUUUUGCUUUCGAAUUCGUUGAUCAAUCCUAUAAUCUACGCCAUGCGGAUGCCAGAGUUAAGGGCAGGCAUAUUGCAAUAUUUCCGAAGGAACUCAAACCACGUUAACCCGCUUGAUUUGCCACUGCAUGAUAUUUAAUUCGCCGUUUGAUCUUUAAUUUCCCUGUUACCAUAGAGCAAGCCGCUAAAUCUUGUCAUCGUUCCACAUCCGCUGGAAAAGACUGAUUACAAUACGUGUGCAACAAAAUCAGUUUGAAAUGUUUCAUGCGUAAUUUCUCAAUGCAGUAUAAUUUUCCCGCCAAUAACAUUGUCAUUAAAGCAAAGGGUGAAAGGUUUCGUCUGUUUAGUACGAAUGGGGAACAACCGUCGUUAAGUAACGCAUUCUUUAAACAAUUGACGGUUCAGGCAGGCACAAGGCAAAAGGAACGAUUGCAAUGGACUAUUCAUAGUGAAGGACUGGAUCCGAGGUCGACGAAAACGAUUUCAUACUACCUAAAUCUAAAAUAAAUUAACUUGAAGAAUUGGUCCAGCUUCAUUUUCUCCCUCAAAAAGUUGAUCAGGUGAGAUACAAAAUUUAGGUAUUAGACGCAAGUCUCUUUGCUCUACGCAUGUAACAGAGGCAUUAAAUUAAGUUCUUCAGUUGUUUUAUAAGCAAAACAAAUCCUCACUUACAUUAACACAUCAAUAUUUACGUAUAAUUUUAUCCCAGCUUCUUCUAUCUU